AUGGCGGGUGCUGAUACUAUUGGCGUCAUAGCCAGCGCUAGUACAGACAGCGACUGGUACAUUGAUGCGCUGCAAAAGUCGGGUGCUACUGUUCAUCGCUAUUCAACGACUGCUUUCAGUUCGCAUGCUUCUUCCAAGGCCGAUUUGCAUGCCUUGUCGUGCCUCCCCCGAAAGUCGGCAAUUAUCGUCGCCGAACCGGUCCCCGAUGAUUUCUAUGAAAGCUUGGGGACAACCAUAGCAGAACGGGGUCGACACGAUGUACAAGUCAUCGCAGCCUCUGUGUCCCAGAAAUCAAUCUUUGUUGCUGGGCCAAACUCUGCAGUAGAUGCCUAUCUAGCAUUGCUGCAGCGUCCAGGCAUACCUGUCCAUCAUGUGCCCGGAGACUUUAGCUCUGCCGCCAAGUUGCGACUCGUCCACGACCAUUUGCUGGGAGUCCAUACUGUUGCAGCGGCGGAGGCCAUGGGCCUAGCAGCCAAGGCUGGACUUAAUACCAACCAGGUUUACGACAUUAUUGUCAACGCUGCUGGUAGUUCUACAGCUUUUGAGACCAGGGCCAAGAAAAUGCUUGCUGGGGAUUGGGUGCCCGAAACUCCAUUGUUCCAAACAUCGGAUAAGUUGGCCAAUGCGGUAGCUAAAACGCGAGACCUGCGUUUUCCACUGCCGCUCGCUUCUGCUGCCCAACAGAUGUGCAUCAUGGCGUCGUCCUUGGGGCAUGGUGGACAAGACGAUUCUGCUGUCAUUCGCGCCUACAUGCCUAGUGAUGUAGACGCCAUCAAGCAAGCGACCAGAAGAUCAACAACUGCAAAUGAGCUCACCCCAACCAGCAGUCCUGGCGAGAUUGCCAGCGUCGGCAUGGUUGGCUUGGGGGCCAUGGGCCAGGGAAUGGCAGCCUCGCUCCUACGGGCUGGAUUCGCCGUCAACGGCUUCGACAUGAAUGCUGACGCGGUCGAUAAAUUUGCCUCAAAUAACCCAAAGGCCCAGAGGGCCUCUUCCGCGGCUGAUGCGAUGAGCGCCUCCGCGGUUGUUAUUCUGAUGGUCCAGAAUGCGGCGCAAGCCGAUGAUAUCCUAUUUGGGCCGGGCAAUGGAGCCGAUGCGCUGUCGGACCACACUGUAGUCAUUUUGAGUUCAACAGUACCGCCAUCUUUUGUUCGAAAACUGGGAGCCAGAUUGCAAAACCUUGGCCGGGGGAUAUCUCUACUGGAUGCUCCCGUAAGCGGCGGCGUUGCGCGAGCUGCGAAUGGUACACUUGCCAUCAUGUGCUCUGGGGAGGAUUCAUCGCUUGCCAAGAGCAGAUCCGUCUUGCUGGCCAUGACUGGCCCAGUCACAAACCUGCACACAGUCCAGGGGGGCAUAGGUGCAGCCUCGUCCGUAAAGCUCGUCAAUCAGCUCUUGGCCGGCGUGCAUAUCGUUGCGGCAGCCGAAGCCAUGGCAUUCGCAGCACGCUUGUCAUUGCACACCAGGGUUGCAUUCGAUAUCCUAAUACAGACGGAUGCAUGGAGCUGGAUGCUGGAGAAUCGGGCAGGUCAGAUGCUCGAUGCGGACUGGACUCCGCAUUCCGCCCUAGCUAUAUUUGUCAAAGACCUGGGCAUCGUCCUCGACGAAGCAAAGCGCCUCGUCUUCUACUCUCCAAUCGCCUCCGCUGCGCAUACACUCUAUCUCAACGGUGCGGCGCACGGCUGGGAAAAGGAAUCCGAUGCCGGUGUUGUGCGACUUUGGGAGCUGGCCGGCAUCUCCGUCUCGGGCAGCGCGAGCACGCAGCCCAAGACAACACAAACAUCAAAUAUGAACCUACCAAGACUAGCGGCAGCUGAAACGUUAAGUUCCCUUCCGGAGGAAUAUUCAGAAGAUGUGCUCAGCUCCAUCCGACGCGUGGUCGAUGGUGGACAGGUUCCGACGCUAGUUAUUCUUGAUGACGACCCUACGGGGACACAGACCUGCCACGACAUCAAUGUGCUCGCUGUCUGGGAUGCUGAGACAUUGGCGCAGGAAUUCAGCAGUGGCCCUGCGGGGUUCUUCAUCCUGACAAACUCCCGUGCGCUGCCAUCUGCGGAUGCUCGCCGUCUCGUCGUGGAGAUUUGCGCAAACGUGAAAGCAGCCGCCGCAAAGACCAACAAGACAUUUGAAAUUGUCCUACGCGGCGACUCUACGCUCCGCGGGCAUCUACCAGAAGAGCCGGAAGCGGUAGAGGAAGCUCUGGGUCAAUUUGAUGGCUGGGUGCUUACUCCAUUCUUCUCCCAAGGUGGCCGCUUGACCAUUAACGAUGUGCAUUACGUCAAAGAGGGCGAUGUGCUGGUGCCUGUAAGCCAGACACCCUUUGCUCAAGAUGCUACGUUUGGCUAUAAAAACUCGAAUCUGCGCCAAUACGUCCUCGAAAAAUGCGGCUCGAGGUUCGAUGAGGAAACCUUCCUGUCCAUUAGCAUCGAUGACAUUCGCUGCGGGGGCCCUUCAGCAGUGGCGAAAAGGCUGCUUUCUGUGCCCAGUAGCCCUGAUCUGGUCAUAGUCGUCAAUGCUGUCGUGGAUUCAGACAUGCACGUCUUUGUUGCAGGUCUGCUCGAAGCGGAACAGCAUGGCCGACGGUACCUGUUCAGAACAGGCGCCGCCUUUGUCUCGUCCAGGCUCGCCAUCAAGGCGAUUCCACCGUUGAGACUCGAGGAUCUUGGCGUCGACAAAACCGCCCGAGUGCAGCCCGGCGGGCUCGUCCUGGCAGGCUCCUACGUCCCCAAAACCACCGCUCAGCUUCAGCGGCUGCGUGAGCGCAGGGGCGACAAGCUGCACGUUCUUGAGCUGCCUGUGGCCCAGCUCGUAAGCUCCGUCGGGGCCGCCGGGGCUCUCGUCAAAGAAGCUGCCAGAGAAGCAUCCGAGACACUGGCUGCGGGCAAAGAUGUUCUGGUCAUGACCUCGCGGGAGCUGGUCAAGGGCGCUGACGCGCUCAGCUCGCUCAGCAUUGGCUCCAGAGUCGCUCAAGCCUUGGUUACGCUCAUGGAAGAGAUCAAUGUGCGACCGCGCUACAUUAUCGCCAAGGGCGGCAUCACGUCGUCCGACGCGGCCACGAAAGGCUUGAGGAUGCGUCGGGCGCGGGUGCUCGGGCAGGCAGCGCCAGGGGUGCCUCUGUGGGUGUGCACAGAGGAGACGAGCCGUCAUCGAGCCGUCCCUUAUGUCGUGUUUCCGGGGAAUGUGGGCAGCGAGGAUACGCUCGCUGACAUUGUGGAAUCGUGGGCUAUUUAA